ACUCUAGCUCUGUUACUUACCAUUGUUUAUGCAAAGUAAUCCGUACAUGCAUAAUCAAGUAAACAUGAGUACAUCCGUACAUGCAUAAGAAUAAUAUAAUUCUACCAGCUCGGGGUGGGCCCACCGAACAAACACUGGGUCGUCAAGCUCAGGCUGCAGGCAGGCUCCAAGACCAGACCAGCACGCGAGGUGUAUAAAUACCGGGCAGCAGGAGGGGAGGGGCCUUCACUUCGCUUCAUCUCAUCUUCUUCAUUCCGAUCCCAUUCCAUAGCGUGCUGGAUCCCUCCCUCCCUUUGGCUGGUACCUGGUGGUGCUGUCCAUGUCUCCUCCUACUGCACACUGAUCUCUCUCUCUCUCUCUCCCCUACUGUUAGGGUUUGCCAUGGCCAUCUCCUUUUCCGAGUCACCUUUUACUCUCUGAUGACUCAUGACGUUCAUCACCACUAGCUCUAGCUAUACCUCAGCACCCUCUAUCUCUCUUUACCUCUGUCUGUCUCUUGCACUGUUCUUAGGUAGCUCCAGCUCGUUCUCUCUUAGCAGCUAAGGAAUGCUACAUAAAUUAUAAAAGACACCACUUGAGGUCCACGGGCAGAGGAAAGGAAAGUUGUGGUUUCCCUCUCCUCUCUCUCUUCUGAAACUAGUCUCUCAUAAAGUAGUACUCGGAAGAAAGAGAGAAGAAAAAGAGGCUUGCUCAUCUCACAGCAUUAUGGUUUUCUCCUCGCUCCCAUUCUUCCUAGACCCUCCGAAUUGGGGCCAGAUGCAGACACAGCAGCAGCCACUUCAGUGUCUCCUCGGCGGCAGCGGCGGCGGAAGCGAUCACAACCACCUGAUGCCUCCGCCGACCGGCCUGGCGCCGCUGCCGGGCGGUCCUGCUGACACGGCCGCAAGCGCUCCGGCAGGCGGAAGCUCAUCCACCUCUCUGCAGACCGCCGGGGCGCAGCCGCGCCCGGCCGUGUCAAUGUCGGAGCGCGCCCGGCUGGCCCGCGUGCCGCUCCCGGAGCCCGGCACGCUCCGGUGCCCGCGCUGCGACUCCAGCAAUACAAAGUUCUGCUACUUCAACAACUACUCGCUCUCGCAGCCGCGCCACUUCUGCAAGGCGUGCCGCCGCUACUGGACGCGCGGCGGCGCGCUCCGCAGCGUGCCCGUCGGCGGCGGGUGCCGCCGCAACACCAAGCGCUCCAGCAAGAAGUCGUCCCGCGGCCAGGGCGGAACCAGCGCGGGCGCCAACCCCGCCACGUCGUCGUCCUCCACCACCUCCACCACGGCCACCACCACCACCACGAGCGCCACCGCGGCGGCCGAGGUCCUCGCCAGCAUGCAGGCCCAGUUUCCUCACCUCGGCUUCCCGCCCGCCGCAGCCACCGCCGCGCUAGAGGCGUCGCUGGAGGGCUACCACCACUACCUGCCAUUCCAGAUGCAGCCGCCGUCGUUCCUGCAGCAGGGCCUGCACGGGUACCAUUUGGGCGACGGCGACGGCGGCGUCCUCGCCGACGGGUUCCCCAGGGGCGUCGCGUCGGGGUUGCUCGCGCAGCUCGCCGCGGUCAAGAUGGAGGAGCACGGCAACGGCGGCGUCGCCGCCUCACAUGAGCAGUACUGGCCCGGCAACGGCGGCGGCGGCGGCAGCGGGUGGCCGGCGGAGUUCCUGUCAGGGUUCAGCUCGUCGUCGUCGGGGAAUGUGUUGUGAGCUGCAUGCAUGAGACCGUCCUGCUGGAUGCAUGGGCCAUGCAUGCAUGGAGAUGCUGCUGAAGCUGAACUGGGUCACCCUGAGUAAUUUAGUUUUAGGGUUUAUGUGGCUUGGAGACUUAAUCGGACUUGUGUUCUUCAAUUAGGCUGUUGAUCUUGUGUUGGGGUUUACCGUUUACGUGCUCUUUUUUUUUUCUUUUUUCUUUUGAGUUAAGAUGGUUAAUGUCUUGUAGUUGGUAGUUUGCAUGUAGUGAAAAAUGCACGUGUUAAUUCAUGGCAUGAAGGGUGAUAUGUGUUGAGUUACUUAACUAUAUACUAUGCUUAAUUACAUGAGAACCUGGUUAUAGUUGUACUAGUACAAGAUCAAAAUUUUACAUGUG